AUGUUUAUAGGUAUUUACUUAUAUUAUUUUAUAUUAGUUACUAUAAACCUAAGAUACUAUACCUUAUUAAAAGGCAAGGCCUUUAGUAUUACUAGUGCUAUCUUAAGUAGCCUAGUAUAUAUUAUUAAUAUAUUAGUGUAUAUUUUCUUAAUAGCUAGUAGUCUUAAUAUAGUUUUUAGCUAUAACUAUUUAAGGACACUAGGCUAUAAGGCCUUCCUAAGUUAUAUUAUAGCUAAUAUACCUACUAUUAUUUACUACCUUUAUUACUACUCCUUUAUUACUAAUAAGGCUCUAAAGACAAAGCUAGCCUUAUAUAGUAUAAGCUUAAGAUAA